CUUCAGCUGCUGGCAGAGUGGAGGAGAACCGAGGGACCGGGAGGAACCUGGACUCUGAGCUGCGACCUGAUUCCCCUGCGGCUCCAUCAGAGAGGUGAAAAGGCUCAAACCUCCUGAACAAGGCAUUUAUUCUACAGCUCAGUUCUAAAGUCUUGCUUUUUCUCCCAACCAGGGAUGAGGUGGUGGCUGGUGGCGGCCGCCAUGUGGCUGCUGGUGGUCCUGACGGUCCCGGCCACGCAGGCCAAGAGCCGACCCCAUGGCCCGGAUGGAGACGCCCGCCGGGGGAAGAGGAGGAGGUCUGGACAGGGUCAGGGCCAGGCCGGAGGCGAGCGCUCCAGACCUCUGAAGAUCAGACUGGUUCCUGGUCCCAGUGUCCCGGUCAGCCCUGGAGAAAAAGGGAAUGCUGUGUUCCUGGAGUCCUACAAGAACCUGCCGGAGCAGCACUCCAGCUACAACGUCAUCCCAGGUAAGCAGGGCCAGUGUGUGUUCCAGGGUCUGACCAUGUUCGACCAGGCCGUCUGGUCUCCCAAGCCCUGUGUGACCUGUCUCUGUACCGGAGGCCGGGUGGUUUGUGACGAGAUCACCUGUCCCAUAGUGCACUGCCACUUCCCCUUCACGCCCGCCGGGGAGUGCUGCCCCGUCUGCAUGGAGCCAGUCCCUGACCUCAGCCUUGACCUCUCUGGUGACUCCCCAGUUCCCAACGACCCCAGUGACCCCGUGACCCCGCUGACCCAGGAGGAGAUCCAGCGUAUCCUGUGGCGGGAGGAAGAGGAGCACCGCGAGGAGGAGGAGCGCCUGAAGAGGAAGGACGAGGAGAGGAGGAAGAGGAGGAAGAUGAGGAAGGAGCAGGCAGAGAGACAGAGGAAGCUGGUGGAGGAGAGGAGGAGGGAGGAAGAGGAGGCACUGAAGCUGCAGGUAGAGACAGAGGAGAGGGAGUGGAGAAGGCAGAUGGAGGAAGAGCAGGAGAGGAGGAGAAAGGAGGAGGAGGAGAGGAGGAGGCAGGAGGAGGAAGACAGGAGGCAAAGGGAGGCGGCAGAGAGAGAGGCCAGGGAGAUGGAGAGGAAGCUGGAGGAGGAAAGGAGAAGGCAGGAGGAGAUACUGAGGGAGAAGCUGAUGGCUCUAGAUGAGGAGGAGGAGGAGGAGGUGCAGGAGGAGGAAGAGGAGGUGUGGUUGAGAGGAGAUGUAUUUCAGAUGCCCCCUAAAGAACCUGAGGAACCCGACCUCCCUGUUCCCAUACCGAGACCUCCUGCUGCCACUGAGGACCAGCUGGAGGAGCUGGAGGCGGAGACGGAGGCGGAGACGGAGGCCGAGGAGGAGGUGGAGAUGGAGGAGGGAGAGGAGGAGAAGGAGGUGCUGGUGGCCAGCAGAGCAGGUCUCCCUCCAGGCUGUGACAUCUCUGAUGUCACUGUGACGUGUGACAACGCCAAACUCAACCACUUCCCUCCUCUGGCCAUCCCCGAGCUCAAGUCCCUGAGUCUGGAGGGUAACAACAUCGACAGCAUCCCAGAGGAAGCCUUCAAUGGGAUCCCCAACCUGGAGUGGAUCAACCUGGGAAAGAACAAGCUCACCUCCGCCGGCAUCGCUGCUAAAGCCUUCAGUGGUCUGAAGCUGCUGAGGCGUCUCUACAUGGACGGGAACCUUCUGGAGGCCGUGCCCUCCGACCUCCCCCCCACCCUGCAGGAGCUGAAGAUCAAUGAGAACAGACUGAGAGGCAUCGAUGGAAACAGCUUCCAAGAUCUGAGCAGCCUGGUGAUCCUGGAGUUGGAAGGAAACCUUCUGAGCGAGGGGAACGUGGACCCUCUGGCCUUCGCCCCCCUCAUCCAGCUCUCCUACCUCAGACUAGGCAGGAACCACUUCCGCACGGUGCCGCAGGGCCUUCCCAGGACACUGCUGGAGCUGUAUCUGGAGAACAACAGGAUCGAGGAAAUCUCAGAGGCUGUUUUCAAUCAGACCAGCAGUCUGAAUGUGAUUUCUCUGAGACACAACAGGCUGGACGAGACCAGGAUCGCCCCGCUGGCCUGGAUCAACCACAGGAACUUGGAGUCCAUUGACCUGUCACAUAACGAUCUCUACCUGGUUCCCUCCUACCUGCCCAGGUCGCUGGUCCACCUGGUGCUGGUGGGCAACAACAUCGAGAGGAUACCGGGUUAUGUCUUCGCCCACAUGGACCCGGGGCUGGAGUACCUGUACCUGUCCUACAACAAGCUGGACGGGGAGGGAAUCGAGCCCGAGUCAUUCUUCGGCUCGUACCAGUCCAUGGUGGAGUUGUGUCUGGACCACAACCAGCUGGUCACCGUGCCCUCGGGCAUCAACGAGAUGAACAACCUGCACUUCCUGAGACUCAACAACAACCGCAUCAGGAGCAUCCCUGACGAAAGCAUCUGCGACGCAAACCACAGCGGCGACUCCACGCUGGUGGCGCUGAGGCUGGAGAACAACUACAUCGACCCUCAGAAGGUGUCGCCGGCAGCCUUCUCCUGCGUACGCUCGUCCUCCAGCGUGGUCUUAAAACCCCAGAAAAACAAGUGACCCAAGAGUCCAACAGGAGGAAAAGUCAAAUACCAAAGACAGUUUUUUAAAACUACAAAACA